CCUUAAUCAAUGCCUGAUACUCCUCCUUUAAUCUUUGCACCCACAAAUCCUUGUCACGGGGUGAAGCUCGUGUCUGCAGCAAAGGAAUGUUCUGGAGGGUCUUUUUUGUGCCUGCAUCGACCAUUUUUAUUGUAAUUAUUAAAUUUUUACUUGAUCUAAGUGAGAGCUGCUGUGAAAGUGUUGUGUUUUUGAAAAGUUGUCGACGUGAAACUGACGAGGGGAUGGAAAGUGUGGUGAAAAUUGAUGGAUGUGAAGGAAUAAUUGUAAAUAAGUUGGAGAUUAACAAAGUUUUGUGUGGGUUUUAGGAGACAGAAACAUGGCAAAUUUUUUUGGUGAAUUUUUAACAAAAAAAAUAAGUUUUUGGCAGUUAAAAAAAUAUUCAAAAAUGUAAAAUCACCCCAAAAAUAAUGUUUUGGAAACUUUGUGUAAACAGAAUCAGCUGUCUGCACCUGUAUGCCUUAUGUAACAAAACAUUUAACAACUUCAGUCAGCGACAACCAAAAAAAAAAAAAUUGGAUUAAAAAAUUUUCAAUUGAAAAUCAUCAAAAGCCAAGCCCAAAAAUGUUUCUGGUUGCUGUUACAGGUGGAAUAGCAUGUGGAAAGACAAAAGUUUGUGAAGUUUUCCAAAAGUAUUAUGACGUUCCAGUCGUUAAUGCUGAUGCCAUAUCAAGAGAAAUCGUCGAACCAGGAAAGCCAGCAUGGAAGAAAAUCAAAGAAAGCUUCGGCAAUGAAGUCUUUAAUGACGACGAGACCCUUAAUCGUGAAAAACUGGGUCAAAUAAUCUUCGAUAAUGUCGAAAAGAGGCGAAUUCUCAAUCGGAUCACACAUCCAGUCAUUCAUUUUGAGAUUUACAGGCAAAUUUUCAAGUAUUUUAUUCGCGGAAAGAACUUUGUCGUAUUGGAACUGCCACUGCUAUUUGAAGUCAAUAGCAAUUUAAUUAAUUAUAUUUAUAAAAUCAUUUGUGUCGUGGCUGAAGAAGACAUCCAGAUCACUAGACUCAUGGAUCGAAAUAAUUUGUCACUGACUGAAGCUAAGAAGAGAAUUAAGGCUCAAAUGUCACUCGAUCAGAAGGCAAACAUGUCAAAUUUUGUGAUUGAGAAUUCAGGAUCACAGCAAGACAUGGAGGAACAAGCUUUAAGUAUUAUUAAGAUUCUGAUUAAAAGCAAUCAUCACUGGAAGCUGCGUGGAAUCAUGCUGGCUUCAGCAUUUUCAAUCAUUGCUGGUAUUGCGUGGCUACUCAACUGGAAAUAUAAGUUCCUGUCAUAACUUAUGGAUGGGAUUUAGUUGCAAUUUAUUUUCAAUGUGCGAUUUUUUUUUUGUUAAUUAAAUUUGACUUUUCAUAGUGCGCAUAUGGUUCUAUGGUGAUGCAAAAGUUAUGUUGGUGGAUGUUGGUGAUUUAGCUAUGUUGAGGAACUGUGCAUCUUAGUUGAAGAUUUUUGAACCACUUUGUGGGAUCAAUGCACAUGACUUAAUGAAACUAAGCAAGCAGCUGAUCACCAUAUCAUCAACUGACAAUUUUUGCAUCACUUGUGGUUAUAGGCAUUAAUAGUUCUAUUGUUAUUAUGAUAAAUCUAAUUAUUAGUUAUUUGUAUGUUUCUCUCUGGGAUUCUUUUGGGGGCUUGAAAUGCUUGUAAGUGCUAAAGAACUGAUCAUUUGGCAUUUGAUCAUUUUUGGAUCUUUUUGAUCCAAACCAAAAACCUUCACAUUUCAUGUCCAAUAAGAAUUUUUUGUGUAUCGAAAAAAAAUGUUUUUUUCUUUGUGGUUCAAUAUAUUAUUGUGGUAAUGGCUGAGAAAUGAGU